AGAUCUCUGAACGUGGUGUGUUAUUUGAUCGUAAACGGAAUAUCAAUCGAGCUUUAUCUGCGCGUUUGUUAUCAACUACGGGCGGUGGUUGGUCAAAUAUUCUAAAUCGAUGCACCGGAACCGGUGUUUGACCAUAGCUGCGCGUCCACGUCCUGUGAUAGGCUAUAUGCUUUUGCAGCGGCAGGCUUCUUUAAGCAAUGAUGAGACGCAGUUUUGUUGCUUGGCGUUUCUGAUGUCACGGUUACGCCGAACCUAAAGCUAGCAUAUUUAAGAUGUCCGUUGCAUUUGGAAUGUUGUGGAAUAUGGCACUUGAAUGAGUUUGUUGAAGAGCUAAGUUUAUUUGCCUGUAUGUCCAUUUUCCAUUGCCGGAAAACAACAAUCCCACCUAAGAGCUAAUUCUCCUAUCGAGUGUCCUCUUAUGUAAUGGAAGAGCCGAGGUGGCGCGGGACCGAUUUAUGAGGCGGGCCGGGGGCAGCUAUGGAGGAGGCUGCCAGCCAGCUGGAGAGAGACCACGUGCACAGCGUGUACGAGAAGAUCGCGCCCUACUUCAACGACAGCCGCUACAGGGCCUGGCCCAAGGUGCGACAGUUCCUGCUGGACCAGGAGCCUGGGAGCGUUGUUGCGGACGUGGGCUGUGGCAAUGGCAAAUACCUGGACAUCAACGAGGACGCGUUCAAGCUGGGCUGCGACGUCUGCCGCCCCCUGGUGGACACCGCCUGCGCCCGGGGCUACGAGGUGCAGGUGUGCGACGGGCUGCGGCUGCCGUACAGGCGCGGCUGCUUCGACGCCGUGCUGUCCAUCGCAGUCAUUCACCACUUGUCCACCAAAGAGCGGAGGAUCCGGGCGCUGAGGGAGAUGGCUCGCGUCCUCCGCGUGGGCGGCCGCCUCAUGGUCUACGUCUGGGCCAUGGAGCAGAAGAGGCGCAAGUUUGAGAAGCAGGACGUCUUCAUCCCGUGGAACCCCAACCCGCCGGCGUCCCCCGCCAGCGGCCGGCGGUGGGGCGGCGGCGGCGGCGAUGCGGAUGACGGCGACAAGCACAGGAAGGCGAAGAGCACGUCGUCCAUGGCGGACGAGGACGAGGACCCGGCCCGCGCCAAGGACCCGCGCUCCCCCAAGGACCAGCGGUGGUUCUUCUCCCGCUCCCUGGACUCGGUGCUGGAUUUCGGGAGCCUGGCCACGCCCAAACACCCCGCCAGGGAGCUGAACUUGUCCUGCGCUCAGAUGGGGGAGGUGGGCGGGCUCAAGGCCUACCGGCGUGCCCGGGGGGUGGGGCUUAUCAGGCAGUUCUCCAGCAUCUUCUCCUCCUCCUCCAUCACCAGCUUGGAGGAGGACGUCUUCGGCUCGGCGCUCGACCUCGGGGGAGGCGGGCGGGAGAGGAGCGACGGGAGGCCGGCGGGCGACAAGCAGGCCGUUUUCGGGGCCAUCGUCGGCGGGUGCAGCUCCGUGCCCCUGCCCGACCUGGUCACGCACCAGCGGGAGAGCCCCGAGGGAACGGGCCGGGGCGAGGCGGACGGGGAGCCCCGGGGGGAGCCCCAGGGGGCGCCCCCGCAGCGGCAGGCCAGCUCAGAGAGCAUCCGGGACGGGCGGGUGAACCGGUGGGGCGGGGAGAAGCCGGCGGACCCCUGCCUGAGGUACUACCACGUUUUCAGGGAAGGCGAGCUCCUGGAACUGAUCCAGAACCACGUGGAGGAGCUCCACGUGCUGCAGAGCUGCCUCGACCACUCCAACUGGUGCGUGGUGGCCGAGAAGGUCCGGAAGAUCUGAGCCCACAGUAUUCAUUUUAAAUUAACUGAUUUUAAAGUAACAUUUAGGAUUUCGCCUAGGAUUUUAACGGUAAUUUUUAAAAUUAAGUUACACGAUCAAGCUGCCUUUGAAGGCAGAGGUGGAAAAUCCAGGUUCAGAAAGAAGAAGCCCUCCUCAGCAUUUGGGUCCAAUCACCUGGAUCUGCUAAUUGGCACAAUUCUUCUGCCAAGAGGUAGAACUCAUUAGGGUAAUCUGCUGGCUGAGUUCAUUGGUGGAAGAAACACAUGGCAGGACUUUUACUUUCUGACCCCUGGACUUUCCACUUCUGUCUGAAGGUAUCUGUUACUGUCACAAGUACUGUCCUUAGUAGUCAUUACUUUGGCGAUUUUUAACUAAUGCAUUUUAUUGUUAAUUCUCUGGAUUAGAUAUAGCCUUUUUUUAAGAGCGUGUAAUGAUGUCACUUUACAAUUGGCGAUUUUAAAUUACAUUUGUAAUGAGUCCCCAUGUACAUUUUUACUUUUAAUUCGAUUUUGCUUUUAGCCAAAGAGAACCAAUCCGCAUGGUCACGGACCAUCAUCCUCUUCGGCACAAUAGUGUCACUCAUCAACAGCCUCUUAAGCACCGUAGAGUAGAGUGUCACUGAUGAUCAUCCUCUUAGGCACCAUAGAGUGUCACUGAUGAUCAUCCUCUUGGGCACCAUAGAGUAGAGUGUCCCUAAUCAACAUUGUCUUAGGCACUAUAGAGUUAAAGCCAAAUGUGUUGCUGAAGUAGAACAGUGUUUUUGUCAUAUGCAACUGCUGCCCACAAUCUGAAAACAUCAAAAAGUUGCACAUAAUUGCUCCAUGCUAAGCAAUACGAGCAAUUCAAAAAGCAAUUGCUUCUAAAAUAUAUGAAUAUAUAUUUGAGAGAAAUGUCAAUAUUCCGUGUGUGACUUGGUGUUUUGUGUUUCAUUCCGAUACGACGUGUGUAAAUACAGUGUGUUUUCAAAUCGGUGGCAACUUCACCUUUCAGAAGAACCGGGUGGUUUGUCGGGCGUGGCACUGCUAGUGAAUCCUCAGAAGUUUGCACAUCGAAUCUUCACUCCAAAAACUUGAAUACUUUCAUCUGUGCUGCUUACACUUCCUACAGAUGUGAAAUCAGUGUUGGUAUGAAAGCUGUUGUAACCUCUGAGUUGCGUUUGUGUGUAGAACUGGUUUACCAUGAGACCCACUUGUGGUUUUUAGCUUUUUUUUUUUGUUUUGUUUUAGUAUUGGCAGGGACAAUGUGCUCAAAUACUGUCCCUGUUUUACCUUUUUAAUCUGCUUUUAUUUAUUUUGUUUUUUGUCUGUUAAGCACUAAAUUAAAUAAAUACAUUUUGUUGUUGGAAAGGUAGUGCACUGAUGUGUGGCUGAAUUAGUUUGUGGAUUAGAUGCUGAAUAAAUCUAAUGGUAUCAGUGUCAUAAAA